UAUUUGCAAAAUGGCUAUAAUUUUCGCGGCAUUAUCUCAAACCUUUUUAACAAUGAUCAUGCAACUUGUAAUAAUUUUAGCUAGUAUAAUAGCUCUUGCUGAAAAUAGAUGUUAUGACAAAUCUAAAGAUGAUGUAUUUAAAAACAAGAAAUUUUAUUCAUUUGCCUCAAAUUUGGGCAAGCAUGUUCAAGUGCCAACAACAUUAGAUUAUAGAAAUUUAAAUGGGAAAAAUUAUGUUAGUCCUACAAGAAAUCAACAUAUACCACAAUAUUGUGGUUCGUGCUGGGCCAUGGGUAGCACUUCAGCCCUCGCUGAUCGCAUAAACAUCCUCAAUAAUGGUUCCUGGCCCAGAGUUUACCUUUCUGUUCAAAACGUGAUCGAUUGCUCUGGGGCAGGAACUUGUGCCAGUGGAGGUGGCCAUUUAGGUGUCUAUAGCUAUGCCAAGGAUGCAGGAAUUCCAGACGAGACUUGUAACAAUUACCAAGCCAAGGAUCAAAAAUGUGAGACAUUCAAUCGUUGCGGUACUUGCGAGAAUCGUGAUAAAUGCUACCGACUCCAGGAGUACAAGGUUUGGAAAGUUGAGUCAUACGGUCCGGUUACUGGAUACAAUAAUAUGAAAGCCGAAAUCGCUCGUAAUGGACCAAUCAGUUGUGGUAUAAUGGUGACCGACAAGAUGGAAGCCUAUAUAGGAGGUGUGUACCAAGAAUUUAAUAAUAGGCCUGAGAUAAAUCACAUUUUAUCCGUAGCUGGUUGGGGAAUAGAGGGUGCUGGUGACAACACAACCGAAUACUGGAUUAUCAGAAAUUCUUGGGGAAGCGCUUGGGGUGAAAAUGGAUGGAUGAAAAUAGUCACUAGCAACGCCUUAAACGGCAGAGGAGGCGAUUACAACCUGGGAAUAGAAAACGAUUGUGCUUACGCUAUUCCCUAUCCCCAACCCGUGCCUUAUAAAGAACCUAGCAUUUUUUCAAAUGAGAUUUAAUUUUUUUUCUCUUAAAAAAUAAAUAAAAAUAACCAUUAUAUUUAAAUAUAGUGCCCAAAAUGGCUACGAUUUUUUUUUAAUAACCUUAAUCUUUAUACCCUAACCAUUCAAGACAGGAAUUUUAAUUUAAGAUUAAUUCAACACUUGAUUAAAAAAAUUCCAAGAUGAUUAAAUAAAUUUCUUUUCAUAUUUUCUCCGAUUAUAUUUGGUGCUCUCUUUGUGCCACACUUAACCAAUCCAUAUAUUUCUUUUAUGAAAAAAUAUACCUUAUAUAUUAAUAUGAUAUCGAAUUUUUUUUUGUUAAUCCCAAUAAAAUUAUUGUAUUUUAUAAAUAUAAUUUAUCUAUCUUGAUCUUGCCUGCUCAAUUUUAUAUAUA